AGGAUCAUUUCAACAAAGUGGAUAUAAAGGAAUAGGAACAUUCUAAUGGAUGACAGGGAAUCUCCUACAAAUGACCUGCAGGUAAACGUGGAUGACCUGCUUCGUGCUGACACUCAUGUGGAAAAAAUAAACACUUGCUUGGCUUCUUCACCGGAUGAAAAUGAGAACCCGCUUAAUGGCAGCAGGCAGGAGGCCCUGAAAAGCAGGGACAAAGUGAUGGGAAUAACUGAGCAAGACAGCAUCAAUAAUAAUGAAGGGGAGGACAGUGGUAUCUGUGCAACCCACUGCAAAGAAUCCUUAAGUGAUACACUGAUUAGGAGUUCCAGUACAGAUGAAAUGCUCGUUCCUGAAACAUGCAUCCCUGAAAACAAGAGUUCAAGAAAAACAAAAAGCUGCGUUGAGAAAGUGGCAAAGCAAAAGAAGACUGCUGUUGCAGCAAUAGAUUGCAUGCAGGAGGAGGAUGGAAACAAAACAAAUCCUGCAAACGGUUCCCCAAAGGACCCAACACAGACUCUGCAGACCCUCUUCUCCCUUCUUCCAGAAGAAUUUGAGCAGAUGGAUUCAAGAGUGCUGCCUCUGUGUCUCCAUCAGAUUGCUGAAACUUAUUUUCAAGAUGGAGAAUAUGAGAAGGCCAUUACGUUCAUUCAGCUUGAACAGUUAUAUCAUGAGCAACUACUUGCAAAUCUUUCCUCUAUUCAGCAGCAGUGGGAAAAAAAAUGGAAAGCAGCUGCGUCCAGUGAGGUUCCGGGUCUAAAAAAUUCUGCUAAGGGUCUGAAUAAUGAAAAGUUAGACAAACUUGCUGAACUUUGCACAUCACAUCAAGAGCCACUUGUCUCCCGAAGCAAGUUAAUAAGUGAAGAAAAGUCCUGGACUCACAAUAGUUUCAUAGGUUUAAUGGGAUCUGAAGAAUUAAAGGAAAGAGGUGCUGCUGCAUGUAAUUCAGACACUGAAACUUGGGCUGGCAUUGGACCAAGGCCAGAGCAUCAUCAUCACGCAGAGAGACAGAGGAGCGAGAGCUUCCAGCCUGAUAGCCGGCAUACACUUAGCAAGAGGGCAAGUCUUCAGCUGGCUGUGAGGAAGGACCACAUGGAGGAGGAGCACCGCAGUGCUGAGUCAAGACUGGAGUCUCCCACUCAGUCCCCGGGGGUGCUAGGCAGGCUUAUCUCUGGCUGUUUGUCUUCUAAGGAUGCCACUGAAGAUAAUAGUCUGCAGCUGAGAGGAGAACAGUCCUCUGAGGAUGUAUCAAAAACAGAAGCAGCUGCUGAGGAGCCUGCAGCGGAGUGCUCUAGUGAACCAGUGGUAGACGCACUGGUUUUGACAAAUGCUGAUCAUAUGCCUUGUGAUCUAAUUUCCAUAGGUGACAGUGUUAAGUCUGACAGGAACGUACUCCAACUGGACCACUGCCUAGGUUCUAGCGUACUUUCUAGUGGGCAUCUGGGAAGCAGCAUAUUAAAGCAGCAGCAACAGCCUGUUUACAAAAAUGAUAGAAAAUCUGUGCCAUGCAGAACUUCAUUAGACAUUAGGGAAAAUGUGUACUCGGAAAGUAAUACACCUGAACAGGCCACUGCUGGAUAUGCAGAAGCGUCUAAAGGGAUACAGGAAACGACAGAACUGGAAGAGGAAAGCGAAGGAUCAGAAGACUUUUUUCAACAGUUUUUAAAUUGUUGCAUAAAAGACAGAGAAGAAUCCGUUAAAUACUUAGGAACUCCGGAGGACUCUGACACUUUUUCUCAUAUACCAGCUGAACAAGCACUUUAUAGUUCAUCGGAAGGUUAUUCACUGGAGGAAAGCUUUUCUUCACUUGAUGAACUAGCAAAACGGAUCGAAAUUGCAGAGACUGCCCCUACUGAGGGGCUUGUGUCCAUAUUAAAGAAGAGAGAUGACGCUGAAGGCAAAGCUCUUGCUCAAAUGCAGCAAAGACAGUCAAAAAGAAGAGUGAGGUUCCAAGAGAUGGAGGACACAUUCGAUCAAGAGGAAGCUGGAGGUGGUUCCUGUGUUCUGCUGAUCUUGUUGUGCAUAGCAACUGUAUUUCUUAGCGUUGGAGGAACUGCCCUGUACUGCACAUUUGGCGAUACUGAAUCUCCAGUAUGUACUGAUUUUGCAGCCAACGUGGACUUUUACUGUACCCAGAUAUUACAGGGUAUGGAAGAGCUUAAGCACUGGAUAUCUUUCUCAUAAUACAAAUAAACACAAACACCUUGCUGACUGCUAACUGACAAUUGCUGAAGAGGGGAGAAAAAUACCUUCAAGCUUCUUAUAACAUGGCACCUUCAGAAGUAGCACAGCUAACAACACAGAAAGCACCUAUGUUGUAAGUAGGAGCUACCUUCUGGUAAUCGGGAGCGUAUAAGUGGAGUUCACAUGAAAGCACGGAGUGGCAUAAAGACUGAUAGAAUGCUCUAACGUUCAUCUUUAGAGACGUUUUAAACAGCCAUCCGUCCCACAGUCUUGGGAAAUGAAGAAAGAAAAAUAGGUAAUUACUUACCAUACAGUUUCAAAUGCCCACAGGAUCAUAUGCAAUAUAAGCUUAGUAUAAGGUUGUUGGGGGUUCUUUUUAGCUCUUUGUGAAAAGAUUUUGUCUCCAACUCUCUCAUGCAAUAAGGCAGUGCUGUAUGGAUAUGUACCUUAUUUUUUGUUAAAAUCUUCAUGUCUGUCUUGAUUUUUAAUUGUCCCAGUUCGUUUUGUAACUUGAUUGAAGUAGUCCCGUGGGAAUCGGAGCCCUCAAUCUAAGUGUUACAUUUGCCUUGCAUUUCAUUAUGUAGCAGCUGUAAUGAGUGAUACAUCUAUCACUUUAUACAGUCUUGACAAAUUAUGUGGUCUUUUAAUUUGUAGACUCCUCAAAAUGUUUUGCAAACUAGGCGUCCUACAAUGACAACUGAGGAGCCAUGAUUGGCUGCAGCUCCCAGUUGGCAAACCUGGUUUUCCUCAGUGUAACGAGAGAAAUGAUCCUGGCUCAAUACCAGAGCUCUCACUAGUUUUAACACAGCUGGAUUGUCUCAAAAUGUUUGGGUCACCAGAAGCAAAGAGGAGUAGGACCUGGGAUACAUGACUACAGAAUAGAUUUCUACUUGUCCAAAUUAUGAUGAGAAAGCUGGACUGAAAAAUCAAACAUUUGAUUAAAGACAUAAACUAGUCAGUUGAAAACCUGAGAUACAUGGCCCCACGUUAUUAAGUGAAGACAAAUGACCUCUGAUUGUCGCUGCUCUCUAAACCAAUUUGCAACUGAAACUAUCCUAAUUAUGCAGUUGCUCCAGUCAUGGUUCUUAAACCUUAAAAGCAGGAAUAAUAAUGAAAGGACUAAGCAAAGGCACUGUACAGAUUCAAGGACAGAUAGCUGCUGAAAAUGACAAAUUGAUCCUCUAUUUCCUUGUACUUCUGCAACCACUGGAGAAGCAUUUGUAGAAUUCCUUUUGUCUAAACUAUUCCUGAAAGUUGCCUUUAUGAUCUUUGCUUAGGUUCAAAAGUGUUCUUUGAGAAACAGAAGCCCAAUGACCUGCUAUACACAAACAAGUAAUGACACAUUUGUUUAAAUGCUGGCCAGUAUAUUUAAGUUACAUGAGGGGAGAGUUAGGUUAAAUAUUAGGAAACUUUUAAGAUCACUUAGUUCAGGAGGGAAACAAUUUUUUUCUGAGAUUUAAAAAGAAAUGUUUCAAAGCAAUUUAUUAUCUUCACCCUUUUAAAGAGAGCGUUAAAAAAACCCACUGGGUAUAUGCGAGAAUUCAGAUAUGUAGGCAAGUAUUGUCAAGUUGUAACCAAUUUAUGGUGAGCUUUGAAGGCAAAGAGCUUUGAAGGCAAGUGAGAAGCAGAGGUGGCUUGCCAUUGCCUUCCUCUGCAGUGUUCCUUGGUGAUUUCCCAUUCAA